CAUUCCUUGUCCUCAUUCCCUCUGCCACUAAGAAUUUUCAAGAUCUGAUUGAUUCUGGAACUUGGGUUUUCGUGGAAAGUGGACUCCAUUCAAGAGUCAUAUUUGGAAGUUUUGUCGAUUGGGUUUUGAAGAUAAAGAAAACCCAUGAAGGAUUUUGACUUGACCACCGAACCCUUAGGCCAGAACCUCAUCAAAGUGAUAAGCAAUCUAUGUUUCUCAGUGUUUGUCUUCUCAGUUAUUGCCAUUACCUACCAGCCACCAGAUCCAUGGCUGGAGUCAGCUCCAGCCUUAACUAAGCUCUUCACUCGGUCUGAGAAUGUCACCUUCAAGAAUGAUAAUUCCAUCCUUAAAACUGGUGAGGAUUUGAUUGCUGCAGUUGCCCCUGCGGUGUCGCCAGCUGCCGCUGUCAAUCCCAUCACUGAAACGUCUAUUGUGUUUCUGGACUAUCGGACUCCAGUUAAUGGAUCAAAACCGGAUGAGUGUGAUGUGGCUUGGAAGUUUAGGAACAAAAAGGAGAAGUCUUGGAGGAAGUAUAGGGAUUUUAGAAGGUUUAGGUUCGGCAUUGGGGAGAGCUGUACCUACAAAGCGGUGCAUGCUAGUGGUUGGCAUUCUGGAAUUAAUGCUCGGAGGCCAAGGAAUAGGCUAGGCUCACUCCCACUAGUAGCGGUGGGACUGCAAAGCUCUCUCCGCCAGUUCGUAAUGAGGAGAUCAAUGAUACAACUCCAAGCUUGGGUUCAGACAGUAAUAGACUUACCAUUAUUUUCUUUAUGACCAUUUCCAGUUUGCUUUUUAACAAAAUUUGCAAAGUUAAUUGGAAAAGGAAAUUGUGUCUUCAGUUUUAAAUGGAGACCAGGUAAGUCAAACAAGUCAACGGUCUUCAUUUCUUGUCAUAAGGACUAAGACGUGCUACCAACAUUUGGUUGACUUUUUUGUCAUUCUGCUUACCUUUGAUGUUAACCAUGUGAUCGAUUUCACGUUGUGGAUGGAGUGGUUUCCACUCUGUCCCUACGUAGGAAUAUAAUUGGGAGGUUUAA